CACCACGACUACCGCAGAGCUGAAUGAGUCAAAAACAAGACAAACUCAGUAAUAGUUAUGAAUUUUGUGGCACCCUCAGCCAACUAUGCACUUGAGAUGGAGCGACAUCUUGUGGCCAUUGUGAGGUAUUACAACCAGAGAAAUGCAAUAUUAUUCAGUUAUUAAAAAUCAACCAACCACAGCCCACCAAGGAGACUUCAUCUAUCUGUCUGUCUGAUCAAGACUAUGGAUUCUCAGUGACUCAAAUAAAUAUAUAAAUUCUUUUAAAAAGUCAAAUUAUUUAUCAUAAUUAAAAUUACUAUACUAAUUCACACAGUGUGUGUACAUAAUAAUGUGUUUCCACUGUUACCUCCACUGUCGUCAACAGCUGAAAUCUUAUCUGGCUGCAUUUCUGAAGGAUAAAUUUUAUCCACUGUGAGUCUGGACCAAAAUGAAUCUAGCAAGGGAAGCAUGACAAUGAAACGGGUUUAACCUGUUCCCCAUUCUCUGCUUUGGGUCCUUCUGCUCUCGCGACAUCAAUUAAUCUCUCUUACUGAAUCUCAGUAAGACAUCUCUGCAAAUCCUUUCUCAGAUGGUGCGACUUGUGUGCUGAUUAGUUUUUAGAUUUUGAAAAGGCCAUAACUGCGCCACCGCUGGUGUGUGUGGAUGCAUUUUGUAACUAACUGGUCUGAGCCAGGAUAUGACUCAUCUGUGGGGAAUAUCCUGUGUAGCUGUUAAACUCUUUCUUGUCCCACAGGGUUCAGUACUUUGUACUCUGGUCUGACUCCUGCCUUAAUACACUCCUUCCCUGCCAACGCAGCCCUCUUCCUGGCUUAUGCCCAGAUGCAAGUUUAUGAUGAAAACAGCUUACGGCUGAUGUGGACGAUCUUUACACUUAAAGUAUUCUGCUGGAACCCUGCUUUGAGUCACAGUAGUUCAAAAUAAAGUUUUAAUCCCAAUAUCCAUAAGUCUUAUACUGUUAACCUGUGAAUAUGUUUGAGCAUCAUCCCUCAUGCAGGGGCUGUACCUCCCUUCAAAUGUUUCACUGAGCAGAAUAUGCUUACUGCCACCUAACCUGGACAAACAGUAUAUACAGGCUAAAAAAAAGCAGCUGAAUACUGGAGUGUUGUGUUGUGUUGUGUUGUGUUGUGUUGUGUUGUGUUGUGUUGUGUUGUGUUGUGUUGUGUUGUGUUGUGUUGUGCCUGCCUGUCAGGUGACCAGGUAUCCUGUGACAGUGGAUUAAGCCUCGCUAAAAAAUGAUGGUAAUAAGCAGCUCACGUACACACACACUGUGUAAUGCUUCUUUUGCCUGUGUAGUUGGUCUGUUUUACAUGCUGUAAUUACAUAUCAUGUAAUUACAUUACUCUCAGUUACACAACACUACAAUUAAGAUUUGCAGUAGAUAUAAAAUAUAUUAAGUACAUUUUCUUCUGUAAAUCUUGGUGUGUCCACAUUCCUCCACCUGCCUCUUUCUUCCUCUCCUCCUCUCACACACUUUGUCUUUGUAUUUCACUGUCUCUUAAAUGCAGGUAAACUUGCUAUAUACAAGAGGAGAGACAUGAGUGUCGUCGCAGUUUCUUGUGCCUGGACCAGCUCUCAUGUUUCAGGACUUAGAUGGCACCUAUUGUUUAUUCAUGACCUGCACUCAGCAGGUGUCAGACUCCUGGAUGUGGAUGUAAGAGUAUGACGGGGAAAGCACAAGAGCUGAACUUUAAGCUUUCCAAUACAAGAGCCACAUAGUGGGGUAGGCUCUGUGUUUCAUGUUACCUGUUGGCACCCACUAGGUGAGUCCAAGAGUCACACACCAGGUGGGAGUUUAUGUGUGUGUGUGUGUGUCUCAGGCUCGUGAAAAGCAGCAGGUGAUGAGGGACGGGAGGCCACACCCCGCAGGGAGAACAGGUAGGUAAACAAGUGCAGCACUGCUUCGCCCGCUCCAUCACACCGACAACACACUCACUAAUGAUCUCAACAACGUCCAGCACGGCUGAGAUGGUAACACAAGGCAAACUUCAGAUCAACGCUGUGGAUAAUGUUGAAGGUAAGCAGGCUCUUUUAAAAGUCUUUUACUUUGACUUUUAUUAGAUGCAAAUGUUAAUUUCUUUUUAACUCGUUUCCCACCGAUGUUGGAUGAGCGGGAAAGUCUGAAUCAUCAGGGUGAACAUGCCAGGGAUAAUGAAUAUUGUUUUGGGGCCCCAAGUGUGCUGUUUUUAAGGGACCCAGGAAUUCUAGCAGGAUCCCUGUUAUUCAGAAAAUGUUCCCUCCUUGUUAUCAAAGAGAUCGGAGAAUACUUUGACACAACACCUUCAUUGUCUCUAAGUAAGUUUGCUUAAAGUGUUCAUUGUUAUGGUAUAUCUCAAGACUUUUACGCAGUGGAAGUAGGGAAUUAGAAAGAAAGAGGGGGGAAAUUAUGUAUGCAGUGUAGACAAGACAAGACAAGAAAACUUUAAUUGUAUGGCCCAUUUUUACAAGCAGUUUUUCUCAAAGGGCUUUACAUAAGCAUUUUAAAGAUGAUAUAUCAAUAUUUCGGCAGCUUUAUGCAACAGUUUGUCUCAGAUGGAUUUGAGUUUACGUGACUUCCCUUAGAGAGUAAUUACAUCAUCUGAGACAAAUGAGUCGUGUGGAUCAGCUCCACCUCACUGCCUGAUGCCAUUGACGUUUUGUCAUUCUUAAUAAAAGGUGCUUUCCCACCGGGUCAUAUUACAUUUUAAUUAUAUGGACAAAGCACAACAAUAUUCUUCACUCUGGAUUCACAUGCUCACAGAUGCGGAACAGAGGUGUCAUGGAAAAAAAUACAAACUAUGCAGGCUUGUGUUUUUCACUCUCUCUACAGAUAAAAACUCUGGAAGAUUGGGGUGUUUCGGUUGGCUGUUGGUCCUCAUAUCCCUCAUCUUUGUAACACUGACCUUCCCACUCACAAUAUUCAUGUGUGUUAAGAUAGUGAAGGAGUACGAGCGAGCCGUCAUUUUUCGACUGGGCCGGAUCACUGACAGGAAACCUAAAGGGCCAGGACUUUUCUUUGUUCUACCCUGCACUGAUAACUUUGUGAAGGUCGACCUGAGAACUGUGUCCUUUGACAUCCCUCCGCAAGAGAUCCUAACCAGAGACUCUGUGACAGUGGCCGUGGAUGGCGUGGUGUACUUCCGCAUACACUGCCCCAUCUCAUCCGUGGCAAACGUGUCCAAUGCACACUCAUCUACACGGCUGCUGGCUCAAACCACCCUGAGGAACGUGCUCGGUACCAAAAACCUGGCAGAACUGCUGUCUGACCGAGAGGGCAUCUCACUCAGUAUGCAGGAAUCCCUGGAUGAAGCCACUGAUCCGUGGGGUAUUAAGGUGGAGCGUGUGGAGAUCAAGGAUGUGAAGUUGCCUCAGCAGCUGCAGAGAGCCAUGGCAGCAGAGGCAGAGGCCAGUCGGGAGGCCAGAGCAAAGAUCAUCGCUGCUGAGGGAGAAAUGAAGGCCUCCAGGGCUCUGAAAGAAGCCUCCCUGGUAAUCGCUGAGUCACCCUCUGCUCUCCAGCUCCGAUACCUGCAGAGCCUCAACUCCAUCGCAGCAGAGAAGAACUCCACCAUCAUCUUCCCUCUGCCCAUAGAUAUGUUGCAAGGUUUUAUGCAGAGGAAGUGAUGAAUCCCAUAGCCAGUAAGCUGAGCGAAUGUAAUUCCAGUUCUCACUGGUAUAUAAUCAAUGUUACUUCAGUGGUAUCUCUUUCAGAUACUGUAGAUGAAAGCAGCCCAGUGUGUGGCUGCUGAACUGCACUCUGCAUUAGCACUUCUUAUAGUAAUUUUUCUAUUUUUAUUAAGGCAUAAGAAUAACUUUAUGU